AUGGAGGCUAGUUUCCAAUCCGCUAUCGACGCUGGCAAGAUCAAUGGCGCUGUAAUCUGUGCCACUGAUGCCGAAGGCCACUUUGUCUACAACAAGGCAUUGGGAGAGCGCACUCUACUCUCAGGCGAGAAAAAGCCACAGCAGCUCGACGACGUGCUGUACCUAGCCUCAGCCACCAAAUUGAUCGCAACCAUCGCCGCUCUACAGUGCGUCGAAGACGGCCUGUUAACUCUAGACGGCGAUCUGUCAUCCAUCGCCCCAGAGCUCGCUGCAAAGCAUGUUCUCACCGGCUUUGCCGAAGAUGGCAGCCCAAAGCUCGAUCCACCAGCCCGCCCUAUCACCCUCAAAAUGCUGCUCACACACAGCUCCGGCACCUGCUACUUCUUCCUAAACCCAAUGAUCGCCAAGUGGCGCACGCAGUUCGCCAAUCCCGAGAACGAAGACCCUCGCUCCGUCGAGGAGUUGUUCAACUACCCGCUCAGCUUCCAGCCCGGUGCCGGCUGGAUGUACGGGCCCGGUCUAGACUGGGCUGGUCGCGUGGUGGAACGUGUCACUGGCGGCACGCUGCUGGAAUUCAUGCAGAAGCGUAUCUUCGACCCGCUCGGUAUCUCCGAUGCCCAGUUCUACCCUGUUACCCGUGAGGACCUGCGAGCCCGUCUCAUCGACCUCAAUCCCAGUGACCCCGGUGCUCUUGGUAGUGCCGUGCUCGGCGGUGGCGGCGAUAUGAACAAGCGGGGCCGUGGUGACUUUGGUGGUCAUGGGUUGUUCAUACCUGGUUUGGAUUUUGUUAAGGUUCUGCGCUCGCUGCUGGCUAAUGAUGGCAAGUUGCUCAAUGCUGCUACCGUGGACAAUAUGUUCCAGCAACACCUUGGCCCUGAAGCGGCGGCGAGCCACAAAGCUGCGCUUGGCGGUCCUAUUGGGCCCUCUUUCCGUGUAGGCACAGACCCGGAAUCGAAGGUUGGGCAUGGCCUGGGUGGUUUGCUGACGCUUGAGGAUGUUGAUGGUUGGUAUGGUGAGCGGACUUUGACUUGGGGUGGCGGCUUGACACUCGCUUGGUUCAUUGAUCGAAAAAAUAACCUCGCCGGCGUCGGUGCUAUUCAGGCUGCGCUGCCGGUUGAUGGAGACUUGGUCGCUGAGCUAAAGCAAACCUUCCGCCAUGAUAUUUAUCACAAAUAUACCUCGUGGAAGGGUGAACAGUAA